UCUGCAGCAGAACCUUACCUGUUCCUCGGUCCAGCGCUGUACAGUCUUCUGGUGCUGACAUCUUUAUUGUCUGCAGUCUCUUGGUCAUCCCCUGUACUGUCUGCAGUCUCUGGUCAUCUUCUGUACUGUGUCUGCAGUCUCUGGUCAUCUCCUGUACUAUGUUUGCAGUCUCUGCAUCUCCUGUACUAUGUCCGCAGUCUCCGGUCAUCUCCUGUACUAUGUCCGCAGUCUCUGGUCAUCUCCUGUACUGUGUCCGCAGUCUCUGGUCAUGUCCUCCUGUACUGUGUCCGCAGCCUCUGGCCAUGUCCUCCUGUACUAUGUCCACAGUCUCUGGUCAUCUCUUGUACUGUGUCCGCAGUCUCUGGUCAUGUCCUCCUGUACUGUGUCCGCAGCCUCUGGCCAUGUCCUCCUGUACUAUGUCCGCAGUCUCCGGUCAUCUCCUGUACUAGGUCCGCAGUCUCUCUGGUCAUCUCCUGUACUGUGUCCGCAGUCUCUGGUCAUGUCCUCCUGUACUAUGUCCGCAGUCUCUGGUCAUCUCCUGUACUAUGUCCGCGGUCUCUGGUCAUCUCCUGUACUAUGUCCGCAGUCUCCGGUCAUCUCCUGUACUAUAUCCGCAGUCUCUUGUAAUCUCCUG